AAGGUGCUGAAAUAGCUGCGAGGACAAGGGACUUGGCUCAGUUUUAAAUAUCUGCCGAGCUGCCCGAAGACUCUGAGAUGACAAUAGGGGGAAUGGAGAAUGUGGAGGUCUUCACUGCUGAGGGCAAAGGCAGAGGUCUGAAGGCCACGAAAGAGUUCUGUGCUGCCGACAUCAUCUUCGCCGAGCGGGCUUAUUCCGCUGUGGUUUUUGACAGCCUGGUGAAUGUUGUGUGCCACACCUGCUUCAAGAGGCAGGAGAAGCUCCACCGAUGUGGGCAGUGCAAGUUUGCCCACUACUGUGACCGCACCUGCCAGAAGGAUGCUUGGUUGAACCACAAGAACGAAUGUUCGGCCAUCAAGAGAUAUGGCAAGGUGCCCAACGAGAACAUCAGGCUGGCGGCACGCAUCAUGUGGCGGGUGGAGAGAGAGGGUAGCGGGCUCACCGAGGGCUGCCUGGUCUCCGUGGACGACCUGCAGAACCACGUGGAGCACUUCGGGGAGGAGGAGCAGAAGGAGCUGCGGCUGGACGUGGACACGUUCCUGCAGUACUGGCCGCCGCAGAGCCAGCAGUUCAGCAUGCAGUACAUCUCCCAUAUCUUCGGCGUGAUUAAUUGCAAUGGUUUCACACUCAGUGACCAGAGGGGCCUGCAGGCUGUGGGCGUGGGCGUCUUCCCCAACCUGGCCCUGGUGAACCAUGACUGUUGGCCCAACUGCACUGUCAUAUUUAACAAUGGCAAUCAUGAGGCAGUGAAAUCCAUGUUUCACACCCAGAUGAGAAUUGAGCUCCGAGCCCUGGGCAAAAUCUCAGAAGGAGAGGAGCUGACGGUGUCCUAUAUCGACUUCCUUAACAUCAGUGAAGAACGCAAGAAGCAGCUGAAGAGACAGUACUACUUUGACUGCACGUGUGCGCACUGCCAGAAGGGGCUGAAGGAUGACCUCUUCCUGGGGGUGAAAGACAACCCGAAGCCCUCUCAGGAGGUGGUGAAGGAGAUGAUACAAUUCUCCAAGGAUACACUGGAAAAAAUCGACAAGGCUCGCUCCGAGGGUUUGUACCACGAGGUUGUGAAGUUAUGCCGGGAGUGCCUGCAGAAGCAGGAGCCAGUGUUUGCCGACACCAACAUCUACACGCUGCGGCUGCUGAGCAUUGUUUCCGAGGUCCUCUCCUACCUGCAGGCCUUUGAGGAGGCCUCACACUACGCCAGGAGGAUGGUGGAUGGCUACAUGAAGCUGUACCAUCCCAACAAUGCCCAGCUGGGCAUGGCCAUCAUGCGGGCAGGGCUGACCAACUGGCAUGCUGGCAACAUUGAGGUGGGGCAUGGCAUGAUCUGCAAAGCUUAUGCCAUCCUCCUGGUCACACACGGACCCUCUCAUCCCAUCACCAAGGACUUAGAGGCCAUGCGGAUGCAGACGGAGAUGGAAUUGCGCAUGUUCCGCCAGAACGAAUUCAUGUACCACAAGAUGCGCGAAGCCGCCCUGAACAACCAACCCAUGCAGGUCAUGGCCGAGCCCAGCAACGAGCCGGCGCCAGCUCUGUUCCACAAGAAGCAAUGAGGACCUGCAUGGUGGGGGAGGGGCGCCGUGGCUGGGGGACUGGGGAGACAUCCCGAAGGUGGUGGGUUUCUGGGGAGACCCUUGAGGAAAUCAGGGUAAUACGCAACUUUGUUGCCAAGGGGUCGUACUGCUCAGUGAUCCCCGUGUCAUUUUCUCUCACUUCAACUCAGUCCAAUUCAGUUUAACUCUAUCCCAGCCCAGCCCGGUCUAACUCAUCCUACAAGUGUUUAUUGGGUGCUAGACCUUAGGUAUAAAGAAGUUCCAAAGGUAACUGGGGAGAGGAAACAUAAACUAACAAUCAAAACACAGUGUGACACUAAAUGCAAUGGUAAGCUCUAUGGAGAGAGGGAUAUGUGUCUAGGGUGUGUGUGUGUGUGUGUGUGUCCGUCGCGGGGUGGGGCUGGGUGGUGGUUAGUCAUGGAGGAGAUGACCUCUGAGCUGAGAGUUGCAGGUACCUGGAGUCUCAGUUGUCUGCUCACCUAUCUGUGCAGGUGUCUCAGGGAUAUUCAGGAUUUGCUGACUGGAAUGGGUGUUGUCCAGUUUCCACAGGUGACUGAGGAGUUAUGAAGAAGAGACUGUGUUUGGGCCAUGUGGGUCCUACUCAGAGAACUAGAACCUCUUUAAUAAGGGUAAUAUGCAGAAGGAGAUGGAGGUUUUCUCAAGCCACUUGAGGCCUCAGUUUAAAGUCUGGGUUCCCAGGAUUAUUCUGAAACUACUUUUAGAACAGAGAGGGAGUGGCUCCCUUCUCCACCCUCUGAGUCAAGCCUUGUGAGUCCCAUGAUGUGGGAGUAGUUGGAUGUUAGCUGAGAUUUCUCUGGCCCAAGUCUCUUUAGGGUGAAGCUGAGGGAGAAAUUUGGAAACCCACCUACCUGAUAAUCAUGGGUCCAGCAGAACUGGCCUUUGGAUAUUUGAUUUGGUUACAUGUGCCUGGGUGGUCUAUAUCAGCUUAGACUUCAUCACUGACCCCCAGGAAAUCUCUAUUUUUAGUUAUGAAUAAUUACGACUUCCUUGAGUUAAUUUCUUUCAUUGUCCAUACCCUGGGUUCUUUGCUUUUCUUACCAGAAGGAAUGUCUAAUAUGAACACUUCACACUUAGGUUGGGACCUCUUUGGGGUAUGAUCAACUUGCUCUCAUCUCCUGGGGAGCUGCUCUUGAUUUUUCACUCAAGCAUGAGGGUCUUGGGAAUCAACCAAUUCAGCUGUCCCAUUGGCCUGGGACAGUUGUUCUAAUUGUGCUGUUGUAUCUUCUGGGAGCCUAAACUUCUCACCAGUGUUUUGGGGGAUCCUGAACCAAAACCCUCUUUUUGGGAGUGUCACCAAGUCUUCUAUAUCCUUUGGAGCCACCUUUGACCCCAGAGCUCUGACUAACAUCUUGAAGUCACAUGAUCCCCCCAGGACCUAUAUUUGUCACCUGUGCCUAAAAAGUCACUUCCUCCAUCCUUACACCCCUUCAUCCUCAGAACAAUCCACUACCUCCCUUGGAACCUAACAGCCCUGCCAAUGUGCCAAAAUCUUUGUCCAAAAAGUUCUGCAAAGAUGCCAACUCUUUGCAGAGUACUUGUACCUGGCACUUGGCUCUUUAUUGAGGACACCUGCUUCUUUAGAACUUUCACUGGGAGAGUGACAGUUCUUCUAAGCCCACAUACUACACGGCAAAGGAUGGAACCAGCCCUCUCCCAGGGAGCCAACUGUGCCAGUUCAAAUGGUCCCUCUUCUGUUCCCAGUCUUCCUAGGUGGCACUAGUGGUAAGAACUGGCCUGCCAAUGCAGGAGACCCUGGUUUGAUCCCUGGGUUGGGAAAAUCCCCUGGAAUAGGAAAUGGAAACUCACUCUGGUGUUGUUGCCCGAGAAAUUUCACGGACAGAGGAACCUGGCGGGCCACAGUCCAUGGGGCCACAAAGAGUUGGACAUGACUGAAAUGACUUAUCCUCAUAUAAAACCUUCCUCCUUACCUGUGGUGGAUUCAUUUUGAUAUUUGGCAAACUAAUACAAUAUUAUAAAGUUUAAAAAUAAAAUAAAAUAAAAUAUUUUCUCUUAAAAAAAAAAAAAACACCCCUUCCUCCAAAUCUCUUUCCUUCUUUGUCACUCUCAUCUGCCACACUGCUGGUCAUUCCCCCAUAUUCCUGGUCUGUUUCCCAUCCCCUCUUCCUCAAAUUGGGUGUCUGUCUUCAUUUUGGCCCAUGCCCCCUUCCAGCAGAGUUCUGACCUAGAUUAAUUCAGCUGUCUUAUUUUUCCUCUGUUGUACUUGGAGGUCUGUGCACAGCCAGGAAAAUGGCACCUUUCAUCACAGGUUCUUCUGCAGACUCCUCACCAACCUCAGCUGGCCUUGGGGUGCAGCCCAGAUGUGCUCCCUGUGCCCCUUGCUGGCUCCCCCUUUUCCCAGUGGUUAUUUCAGCUCUUCACUCCUGUUCUUGAGUUCUCUGCUUUCAGCAGUCCCCCACUGCCUGCUUCAUGGAGGGGCCAGGAGAUGGGAUUUCCUCAGUUUCCUCUUCCCACGUGGGUUCACACAUGUCAUAUCUGUGCUUGUCCUUCCCGUCCCCCCUCCUCACACCCCCUUCUCCUCCAAAGCCAAACUCUCCACCUGUGCCUUGGACUCCUGUCCCCUCCUGGGUCUUUAAACCUCACUUCCCCUAUAUUCUCUCUCAUCUUGGAUUCUUCACAUUUCUGGCUUAUUUAAAGCAGUUAAUUGACAUGCGGGGGACUCAUAAUCUUUAAGGUUAACUAUUUUUUAAAAGGCUUUGUCUCCCAUGUUUAUUAACAACUCUUUUAAAAAAAAUUUAUUGAUUUUGGCUGCAUUGGGCUUUUUUUUUUUUUUUUUUUUUUUUGGUUGUGGCACAUAAACUCGUACUUGAGCAUGUGGGAUAUAUUUCCCUGACCAGGGAUCGAACCCAGGCCCCCUGCAUUGGAAGCACGGAGUCUUAGUCACUGGACCACCAGAGAAGUCCCUCUUUAAAAAAAAAAAAUGCUUUUUUUUUAUUGUGGUAAAAGUUACAUAAUAUGAAACAUACUAUUUUAACCAUAUUUAACCGUACAUUUCAGUGGCACUAAGUACAUUCCCAUUGUUGUGCUCACCAUUGUCCAUCUCCCAAAAUUUUCACUUUCCUAAACUGAAGCUCUGUCCCCAUUAAAUACUAACUCCCCUCCCUGCCCUACCAUGCAUCUACCAAUGUACUUUCUGGCCCUAUGAAUUUGACUAUUCUGGGUACCUUGUAUAAGUGGAAUCAGACAGUAUUUGUCUGCACCUACUGUAUGCUGGAAUUUAGCUUUCUUGACUUUCCAUUUCUUCCUGAACCCCCUGCAGAAUGAGCAUAGCUCUUUCCAAGGUCAACUCAUGGCAGGCCAUUUCAGCCUUCAUAUUAUUUGGCUUCUCUGCUUCAGUUGGCAUCACAGCCCUUGAUUUCUGGGCAUCACAUCCUUGUAAUGAUUCUCUGUUGAGGUUUCUCUCCUGCCCUUGACAGGCUGGUAUUUCCUAGAGCUGGUUUUGUUCAUUCUGGUCACUCUCGGUUGGUCCUCAUCUCCCUCUGCACACCUUCCCCCAGGAACUCAGCCAGGCUCUUUGUUUCCUCACAGCUUCAGGGCUUCCCUGAUGGCCCAGAUGGUAAAGAAUCUGCCUGCAGUGUGGGAGACCCCGGUUCGAUCCCUGGAUUGGGAAGAUCCCCUGGAGAAAGGAAUGGGAACCCACUCCAGUAUUCUUGCCUGGAGAAUCUUAUGGACAGAGGAGCCUGGCGGGCUGAAGCCCAUGGACUCAGAAAGAGUCAGACACUACUGAGUGACUAACACUUUCAUACUUCUGAGGCUGAUGUCCUUAAGUCUGUACCCUCUAACCUUGUUCUUGAACAUUAGUCCCACAUCUCCUGUCAAACGUUCUGCCCCUCAAACUCACCAUGUCCAAAAGGGAACUCUUUCUCUUUCCUUUCUCCCCACUCCUGCGUCUGUUCCUCCUUGACACCCAUUGUCCCCAAGGAGAACAUCUGACUACUGGUCUAGUCACUUCCUGAGUAUUUACUUCAUCUGAGAUUUUAGUCAGGGCCACUUACUCAUGGGUCAUUGGGUGACCCAUGUCCUCCUGUGCCGCUCUGAGUUUUGAAACAUUGUGUCUAAAAUAUGCAAAACCUAUCAACUCCUAUUCAUCUUUCAGCACCCACUUUGGAAAUCACCACUUCUGUAAAGCCCUUCCUGAAAGCUUUAGAUUCAGCUGGCUGCCUAUCUGAGUCUGUCAUAUUACCCUUGAAUCUCCCAUCAUAACAUUUUCUUCAUGACCUUAUAUCGCCUUUUUACUCGUCUGCCUCCUCCAUCAGAUUGCAAGCCUCUGAAGGGCAGGAGCUUUGUCCCUUUAUUCAUCUUUCUAUCCCCAGAACAUAGCACAGGUCCCAGGACAUAGUAGGUGCUCAGUUAAUAUGUAUUGAAUGAAUGAUUAAGUGAAUGAAUUUGCUUAGAUCAGAGCACAAGAGACAUAGAACUGUGUAUCUUGAGUUUUUAUUAUAGCAGUCCAAAUAGGCUAUUAAAUUUCCAUGUUUCCAAGCAAA